AUGAAGCCAACUUUAUCAUACUACAAGAAGCUUUAUAAGAAUCUCAAUCGUCUUCCACUUGACGUGGGAAGCCUCAAUCUAGCCAAAUCGAAGGCUCGAGAUGCCUUCAGAAAUGGAAGGUCAAUACCCAAUGCACCAGUUGAAGAUCCCAAAUGGUACCACAAGGUGAUGAAAACUACUGAUGAAGUGUUAAAAGGUGACAACUUUCUGAUUCAUAAGGUUCUAGAUCUAUUAUACAAGGACAGUGAGCCUCAACAGCCGUGGGUUAAGGAAUUCAUCAAUACUAAAUACAGUGCAUUUAAACCUGUUUGGCCAACAGUUCAUCUACUACACGAGUUUGGGCAAAAGAAGCAUAUUAGCCGGUAUGAUAAAGAACUAGCUAAUUCGAGUCCUGAAUUGAAAGGUUUCCUGCUUAUGAAUGAAAUGAAGCUCUCGCUACCGCGAGGCGAAACUCCCAUAAAGCCAUUGCGGAAGAUCCAUUCCAAAUCAAGCAUUGAAGAAGUCCUUGAAAAGGUUAAACCCUUUUAUCUGUUUGUUUUGAAGCAUUCGGAAACCUUGCUAGACGUAAAGUUAAAGCCUUUAGAGGUACUCCACGAACCAACAAGUUAUGGUCUACCGAAGAGCGUUGCAUCUAGAGAACGAGAUAUCAGAACCAAGGUGUCUAGUGUUAAGGAUAUUAUUCAACGCAUUCGUCCUUUGACUAAAAAGCACAUGUUUCAUUUGGGUGAAGUAGCAUCCGGUCGGUCUAAUGAUAGCACAAUUUCAAUUAAUGAAAACUUCUUCCGUUAUGCAUCUCGCCAGCAUGACAGGAACAAAGAUAUUUCUCCUUACGAAAAGAAAUACAUUCUCCACAAGCAAUUGAUCCCCAAUGAACGCAACAUUAGGUUCUUCUACAAGGAAAUGACAAAGGUGAUUACCAAAUGA